AUGAUCAUCCCCGUGCGCUGUUUCACCUGCGGGAAGGUAUCGUCCAAUCCACUCCGGUUCUUGUCUCGAGUUUUUGCAAACUGUCGGGGGGGUCUCGUUGAGCCGUCCUCCUUGGCCUUGCUUCUUUCGUCCUCCGUUCGUUUCUUCCUUGCCCGAUUGGGUAGGGUUUACGCUAACACUCCGGGGUGGUCUUUUGUUUGGUUCUGAUUCGUAUGUUUUGGCGCGCAGGUGAUUGGGAACAAAUGGGACACGUAUUUGGAUCUUCUCCAGGCUGAUUACACGGAAGGGUGAGCAAUAUGCUUAGAAGUUGUAGUUGCUUGACAGAAAAACCAUCCUGACUUGACAGAUAGCCACCAUACUAGUGAACUUGUCGAGUGGUUCUCGGGUUUUGGCUCCGUUCUCCUUUCCUGUGCAGUAUUAAUGCCAGAUCCAACGAGAUGUAUUAAUUGGCCUGGAGAAAAUUGCAGAAAAAGUGUUUAGGUCGAUGAAUCUGAAUCCUUUUUUAUUUUCUUUGAUCCAGCUGGAGGGAAAAUUACCUUCUGGUUUAUUUUUUGAUUCCUUCAUCUUUUCUCGGUGUAAUUCUCUCCAUGCUUCCAUCAUUAUUAUCCUCUUCCUUUUUUUUUUUUUUACGAAGUACCUAUCUGUCCUUUGCGUUCUGUCCCUCACCUUCAACCGUUUAUUCCAUCCUAAAAAUGAUUGAACUUGGAAUUAAAUUCAUGUAUAUAUUCCUAUUGUUCAGUGCUUUGAGACAUCGUGGGUUUAAAUAUCUGGUUACAGUUUUGAAUAUCCCUGAUGCAUUAAGCAAAUUUGAUUUUUUGACAUUUUUACUCUCUCGACGUUUUUUUUUUUUGCAAAAGUUGUAAACUAUUUGAUUAUUAUUGGGAGAGGAGACGAGGAAAGAAGAGAUGAUAUUUCCUCGUCUUCUGUUUUUUUUUUUUGGCACACCGUGUGUGACCUUUUUUCAUUUCUCCUCCGUUUUUCUUAGUUUUCCUCAUUACUACUGUCGUUUUGACCUCUUCUGGCAUAGUUAAAUAUGAAGCAGGCAAAAUUCCCUUUCAUCUGGAAUGGCAGGGAGUUCUGUUAUUUUAUUCUAUUCCUUCACCAUGUUAAUCUGUAACAACCAUGAAUUUCAUGAUAUGAUAUGCAUAUUGGUAUGUUCGGGGUGAAUUCAGUUAUGAUAUACAUAUCUGUGUAUGAUUUAAGUAAACUUAAAAAGGGGAUGCCUGUGUAUGGUUCGUCUCAAUGUGUAAUUGCCAUACAAUUUAUUGUGCUUCCGACAUAUUUAUAAUCGCAUUCUGCAUGCGGACUUUGAUAUUUGUAAUGCAGGCCAUGUAAAUGAGUUUACUGCAUCCAAUGAACUGUUAUCGACUCUGAUUCCGUGUAAAAUAAUGUCAUAUAAUGUCUGCCAAAGGAGCCCACCGAUUCAGUUGGAAUCCCGUUCUCUCUCUUGCUCUCUUUCGCUGCAUCCCACUCUCUCCCAUACAUUGGCAGAACUUAUAUGCUAUCAUCGGCAUCAGUAUCACCAUUCUCAUCAUUGUUAUAACCAUUGAAUCAGAUGAAAUAAAAAAGUGGGAUUUGUCUCAGGCCUCCAGGCUUCGGUCUCGAUGAUAUUCUGGCUCUGCUUACCAUUAAUAUCUCCAUCAGAGCCGUUGGUUGUUACUAUGUAGUAAGCGCAUGAUCUACAAUGCAAUCCACACAAAUUUUUGAGAUGGAGAGAGAGAGAGAGAGAGAGAGAGAGAGAGUCGCUCUUCUCUCUAGUUUCUGGAGGGGAGCUGCAUAUUUGUAGUUGCUCCUUUCCCUAGUUUCCUUGAAACUCUCUCCCCACCCCCUACCCAAACCCUCUGAUGAUAAGUCUUGACACCAUAUUUUUGGAUUAAUUUGGUAGGGAUGCGCUGGACGCCUUGGGCCUGGUUCGGUAUUGCUGCAGAAGAAUGCUCAUGACCCACGUUGACCUUAUUGAGAAGCUGCUCAAUUACAACAGUAAGUCCCUUCCUCAUCUCUCGUGGGCCGCUCAACACCCCCCCCCCCCUCCGGUCUUUGUGAAAUAACGGGUUCUGCUUUCGUUGGCAGCUCUGGAGAAGAACGAGACCAGUUGA